CAAUAUUGUAAAUUACUAUAGUUUAUUUUGAUAACUUCUCCUUGGAGAAGAGUUUGUUUGCAAAUAAACCCAUUAUUAAUAUCUCUUUCUCUUUUUUCACCACUCUCUCUCUUUCUCUCUCUCCGGCUCACACGAGUCGCUAAUCAAAUAACCCUAAACCCUAGAUCGUGAUCGGAAACGGCACCUCCUCGUCGGCGAUAGCUUCUCUUCCACUAAAAGCAACUCCUCUUCGGUGAAAAUGGCAGAGCAUUUAGCUUCAAUCUUUGGUACUGAAAAGGACAGAGUGAAUUGUCCGUUUUACUUUAAGAUUGGUGCUUGUCGUCACGGUGACCGGUGCUCACGGCUUCAUAACCGUCCCACCAUUUCCCCGACGCUACUUCUCUCGAACAUGUAUCAGAGACCUGACAUGAUAACUCCAGGUGUGGAUCCUCAGGGUCAGCCGUUAGACCCGAGUAAGAUCCAAGACCACUUUGAGGAUUUCUAUGAAGAUAUUUUCGAAGAACUUAACAAGUUUGGUGAAGUGGAGAGUCUCAAUGUUUGUGAUAACCUUGCUGAUCAUAUGAUUGGGAAUGUGUAUGUUCUGUUUAAGGAGGAGGAUCAUGCUGCUGCUGCGUUGCAGGCUUUGCAAGGGAGGUUUUAUUCUGGCCGUCCUAUCAUUGCUGAUUUCUCUCCUGUGACGGAUUUCCGGGAAGCUACUUGUAGGCAGUAUGAAGAAAACAGUUGUAACCGUGGUGGGUAUUGUAAUUUCAUGCAUGUGAAGCAGAUUUCGAGGGAGCUUAGGAGGAAAUUGUUUGGGAGGUAUCGUCGGUCAUACCGCCGGGGAAGCAGAAGCCGGAGCAGGAGUAUAAGCCCUCGACGCAAGAGAGAGCAUUCGAGGGAGCGAGAGAGAGGGGACUUGAGGGACCGUGACCGCCAUGGAAAUGGGAAACGAAGCAGUGAUAGAUCAGAGAGGCAUGAUCGAGAUGGUGGUGGAAGAAGGAGACAUGGAAGCCCGAAACGGAGCAGAAGCCCACGAAAUGUGAGAGAAGGAAGUGAGGAAAGGAGGGCAAGAAUUGAGCAAUGGAACCGAGAACGCGAUGAGGGAGUUUAAGAGUAAUGUUUGGACUGAUUGCUUCAGAAAUCGGUAAAAUCUUGUAAUGGAUAUUCAUUUGGUGUUCUGUUUUGGAACUUGAAAAAUGAGUGGCAUGAGCUCCUUAGAUGAUGUAAGGUGUUUAUUGUAUCUUGUAGAAUUUUGUUUAGAAACUAGUUCGUGAGGUAGAUGUUGGGUUCAGUUUUUCUAAAUUAAUGUGGUAAUGAUCCUUUGGUUAUUGUUCUUCAUGAUUGUCCCUUGAAAAUUGAAAUGUCUCUCUUAUAAGUUUUAA